AUGAAGGAGAAGCGAAAAACCAGGUUAAACAAAACUCAGGGAACAAAGACGGAGUUUCUUGGGUUUGGGGCGUUUGCUGACACUGCCACCAGCAGCAAUUCACAGCCAGCAUCUUUGUCUUCCAACAAGCCUCAAGGAGGAGCAUCGUUGAGAUGGUCUCCUAUUUACACGGGGAAAGACGAAGCUCUGGCACUGUUAUUUACUCGUCUGUUGAAGAAGGAUACGACAACUCGCACCAAGGCUUUGCAGGAAUUGCAAGAUUUCUUUCGACAGGAUGAUAUUCCCAAAAAGCAGCAAGUUGACGCAUUGGCUCAUUUUCUGUUCUUGUACCAUUCCAAACUGACCUAUGACUCGUCGUCUACCGUGCGGGCUGAAGCAUUGGUUGUAUUGGCACUGGCAGCUGCAAGAUUGCCCAAGGCGUUCUCGACGCUUGCCAAGCAAAACAAUCAACAGGUUCUGGGAAUGAUGUACUGCUGCCAUGGUGAUCCAGCUGCCGAAGUAAGAGCUGUGGCCAACAAAUAUGUCGUCGUAGAAGAAGCCGAGGAGGAAAACGACGACAACAGCAACACAAAAGCCUACACAAUAACAGACAUGCAAGCUGGGAUUUGGGACUAUGUGGAACGGAUAUUGUCGUAUGGAAGAGCCAGCAAAAUGCAAGAAGAUCUCUUUGCCACCUCUCUAAAGAGCGCCAACAGCAACAGCUCUGCAAAUAGCAAGGGCGGUGGCAAAGGAGGAAAAGGAAAUGGUAGCAAUACUACCAGUGGGGAGCUCAGUGAGAAUCAGAAAGAUCUUCUAGAGGAAACAUUUGAACGGGUUGUCGGGACAGCGCUGAGUGGUCUUCAGGUUUGGAUCCAACAGCAUGGACUGAUUGGGGAUCAAGAUAAUGACGAGUUAUGCCAGAGACUGACCACACAACCCAGUCCUGUACUGUGGAAAACUCUGUCUAGCCCCAAAUCGUCCUUGCGGAACCGGACCUACGCACUCCUGAGCACCUCUUGUCAAAAUGCCACUGCAAUUAUCCUAGACCCCCCUGGUGGGAAUGGAUUCUCCCAAACCCUUCCACAAGCACUGGCGUCGGAAAAGGAACCAGGAAACAUGACAUCACUUCUGGAAGCACUACUGGCCUUCCUGGCGGCGCACAACAAACGCCCAGGCAAUAGUCCUGGCCUCAAUGCUGCCACGGUCACAAAGCACCUGAUCAAAAUAUUCAAAAAAUCUUGCUAUGGAGCCUCUGCCGCGCAAUGGGGACCCACUGUGUUACCACUCUUGGCCAUGCUUCCAGAUCAGGUGGAAAUACUGACAGCAGUCUGGAAAGGAAAAGAGCACGCCAUUCGACUGGGAGAUCAAAUUGCCAUUGCACGGACCGUUUCCGAAUCGGCUGCCUUCUUUCUCUUGAAAAAGAACAGUGAAGAGGAGCAGAACAACCAUCCUCGUUCCAAGGAUCUUGCCGAGUUGUGGCUUGGGUGCUUGAAAAACUUUUUGGAAACAGAGCUGCCACCCAAGUCGGGGCCAGUGCGGCAAGCCCAACUGCAGCUGGGAAAGGCUAUGGCUGCCGAACUGCGACAAUUGGAAAUCGCAUGCUACGAUCGACCCACAUGUGCGGUUUAUACAAUCAGCGAUUGGUUUUGGCAGGAACAGCUGCGGCCUUGCAUCUUAGAAGCAGAAGGAUACGCGGCCCUGGCUGUCCUUGUACAAGAACUAAGGAUGCCACCCAAAGCCGAAACAACGGCCUCCGAUCGAAAACGCCUGUCCUCGAUCCUUCAAGAAAAGUUCCGCAAAGUGCUCGCGGCGUAUCAAACUCGAUCAGGGGAUGUUCCAACCGUGGAUGCUUAUCAUGUGAUGAUCGCGAUUCUCCAAGUUUGCGGCAUGGGAGAGGAGGAGGAGGUCAACGGUGGCAUAUCAAUGGAGAAGUUCCUUAUGUCAGAUGUCCUUCGCUGGAUGGUCAUUCACACCAGUUCAAUCUCCGUUCAAAAGCAGACACAGGCCCUUGCAAAGCUGGACUUUCAGCUGUUUGGAAUCUGCGCAGCCAACUUCUCAGAAGAAGUCUAUGCUCAGCGUUUUGAAGCGGUGCUACGAGAGGUCAUUGCUGCCAAAUGCCGCUUAAGUCUGCUACUCGCUGGCCUAUUGGCACUACUAGAGAGUGGGAUCCCUGUUGAAAGGGUUCGAUGCAAUCUGCUCGACGAAUUUGCCAUUCAAGUUGUGAAGGAUGCGAUGGAAAUCGGUGAAAGCCAUGAGGAGGAGAAAGAUAACGAAGUGAAAUCUUUUCUCCAGACCUGCGCUGGGCUUAAAGGCACUCCGGCUCUGGUACGACAAUCCGUCCUCCAAGCGUGGGUGGACGAGGCUUGUCCGAGUUCAGGAAGUGACGACGCUCCUGUCGUUGCAAAUACCGUCCCUGGUCCGAUCCUCGAAACUCUUUUGGUUCUAUCAUCUAAUGCCUCGUCGCUUCAGGCGGACGAGAUCCAUCGAAUUGCGUUGCGAUCAUGGUGUCAAGGUGGGCACGAAUGGGAUGAACUGGCAGUAGAAUUGCUGCUAAAUGACGCAAAUCACUUGUCAACCGUCAUUGCGAAGAGCUCCACUAUCCUUCGCUCUGCUUUGGUAGCCAAGGCAUCAAAGGCCAGGGAAUCAAACGCCCAGAAAGAUGUGGAGCUGUGGUCUGACAUGGCUCGUCGUUUGAUGCGAUUCGGCAAGCAAGAAAAGGGCGCAAUGUCAUUGUUGGAGUUGGUUGCACUCGGGGAUAUCUCAUUAUGGCAGUCUUCUAUGAGCAGAGAUUUCCUUUUCUGCUGUCUGAUGAACAUCUUCUCUGAGAUCUUAACUGCGGAGAGACUUGAGCUCCUUCAAAGCUGCGGUGCUCAGAACGAUACUCCGUUCGUUGUGCAACUCUUGAUGUCCUUAUCAGAGGCAAGCGUCGGCGGGGCCGGCUCAAUUCGUGCAGCGCAACGAAAGGAUCAUUGUGCUCAACUUUUGGCAGUACUCGGGGGAAAGACGAGUCUACGUAGGAAAACGCUGGAAAGUUGGCUAAUUGCGGCUACAUCCGAACUCAGAGCAUUCUUGCAAGCUCAAGACUUAAGCGGCGUCCGGAAGGCCGUAGCUCUUGCAUCGCAGCUUUGUGAUCUCAUGGUCGACAGAGUCAAGCCACGAGAUGUCUUCAAUCCCGAAGAAGAUGACGCCGAAGAUGCCUCGGAGGAAUUUGAUCGAGAAAGAAUAGCGAAAAUGAUUGUUCCUGCUCUCAACAAGGAAUCCUUUUCUUCAACUCCCUGGAGAUCCUGCGCAGCCGAGCUCGCGAGUGUUGUCUUCUUCCAGUGUGGCGUUGGAUCUGAAAGGGGCAUUGGGAGCCUUCACUACGACAUGUUUCAGUUGUUGCAAGGAUCCGUUGGCCGACUUCGCGCCCUGCUGAGUGAUCAUGGGGAUACAACCGUAGAAACUGUUGUUCAGGAGCUCAUGCUCCUGUCUUUGUCGUGUGGUCUGGGCCUGAAUACCCCUGAAGCCGAUUGGAAUUCCCAGCUGAUGACAUUCGAUGCUGAGCAAAUAACUGCUUCGGUUCUGGAGUAUCACGGGGCUCAUACUUCUGGCGAGACUGUAUCUGAAUUGGAUCGCGCUGUGUUUUCUUGGUUGAUAACAUCGGACGGGGCGCUUGGAAACAAUAGUGAACUUCGCGAUCGGGCUCUCGUAUGCCUGUACAACGGAGCCAUCUCAAUCCUCGGCAGCGGUGACUCGAAUGGAUCCGACAUGGAUACACUGCUUGCGCUGCGUGGUAUCCAGAUCGCAUUGGUUGCUUCUCGAAAGUACGAUUCCAACGUUGCCAAUCUUGGAGUACAGACCGUAAUGCGAGUCAUGGAAGGCUUCUCGUUGAAGUGGGAGCACAGCAUCAAGCAACACGGCAUAAUCGGACAAGAUUUCGACGAGAAUUGCCAUCCUAUCAGCGGGAUUCGCCCAGCCUGGCGAUCACUCUCGAGAUUUCCGGAUAUCGUUUCUUCGAUGGUCACCCGAGAUCAAGACUUACUCACGGCUACGUGCUCGGAAUUCGCGGAUACGUUUGUUGAAGCUCUGACUGCAGAAGACAAGCGUUGGCAGGCGUUCCGCUUGCUGGAAGCUCUUGCCCGAUCAACACAGGUGCUGGGUGACCCAACUCCCAACGAGGCGACGUCCCGGCGACUGGCGCAAUGGACGGAAACCAUGGACACAGAAGAGAAGGAUGAGCUGGAAGAAGAUGUUGAGACUACAAGUGAACUGCUACCGCACAGGCUAAUGACCGAAAUUGAGUCUUGGUCAGAUGAAGAGUACAGUGAUAGCGUCCACCACGAAGUCAUCAUUGGCAGGAUGUUAGCUUGGCUCGCCUGUUUGAGUUUCAUCGAUGCCUUUGUGCGAAAGGACCCGUCAUACCGUCCAUCGCUCUGCUCCUACAUCGACAAGAGUGGCGCCGUGGAUUCGAUCCUUAACCUGAUAUUACUUCACACGGGAGUGGGUACUGAUCGUUCUGGAAAGGCCAGCUCAGAUGUGGAUUUGGAUGCGCUGAUAAGGAACGAAGCCAUGGUGAACAAAAUGGAACUGGCCUCUCUAGUAUUGUUUCGUACUGUGGAGGCCCUGCCCACGCUGUCCAGGAAAUGGUGGGAAAGCGAGUGUCCCAAGGUUUACACUGGACCUAUUCGCGAUUACAUUGAAGCCCACAUUGCACCUGUGAUCCUGCGGAGCGAAUUGGAGAGGCUGAAGUAUGCUACAAUCAAAAAUGUCUUUGGCACCAUGACUGUCACUGGAAGUGUGACGACUAGAGAGAUCACGGCAAUUUACAUUCAAGAUGAAAUCAAGCUCAAAGUCAUGAUCCGACUGCCGUCCUUCUUCCCUCUCCGGAAUGCCGAGGUGGAUUGUUCACAAACUCUUGGAGUGUCUGCCAAGCGUUGGAAGCUUUGGUCGCUCCAAAUUACCAUGAUGCUGAACAAUCAGGGUGGAACUUUGCAAGAAGCUUUGAUGUUGUGGAAGGAGAAUGUGGACAAGGAGUUUGAUGGGGUGGAACCAUGCCCAGUUUGCUAUAGCGUGCUGCAUCUCAAGAGUCACAAGCUACCUGAGCUUGAAUGCACAACAUGCUCCAAUCGAUUCCACACGCAGUGCCUGACGGAGUGGUUCAAGAGAAGCGGGAAGACCCAGUGUGUCAUUUGUCAACAACCAUGGGCCGGUACCCGAGUUAAGAAAUGA